AUGGAGACUCCAACAAAUAAUAAUAAUACAAUUCAAUUACCUUUAAUUAUUUAUAAAGCACUCAUUCAAUAUAUAUGGAUUGAUAAUAUAAAGAAUAAAGAGAAAGAAGCUUUGGCAUUGGUGUGCAAACAGUGGUUUGAAAUCAUUGGUCGUCACACAAGUAGAAACAAUGGUAUUGUCUACGAGUACUAUUUAAAUGAUUAUCGACAGACUUUUCAAGAUGAAUUGAUUAGUCACCAUUCGUUACUGACUGAAAUCUACAGGCUGAACGUCAGACUUUUACCCUCUUCCUCUAGAUAUUACCGACUAUCUGGUCAACAAAGUGUAACAUUGCCAGUGAGUCAAGAAGUCUUUGACACACAAUGCUUUUCAAAGUUGAAACUACUGGUGCUUAGCCCGAGUACUCUCAACUCUGUUUUGUUUCCGAAAUUUGUUGAGCGAGUCUUUGCCAUCCAAUCGAAACAAAGAAAACAUUGUUUAAAUAAACUGUUGAUACAAGCCACCGAACAAAUAUCCGAACAGUCGCUCCAAUCGCUGAAUCCACUACUUCCUUUCAUCUCGAAACUUACUGUCAUUGCUACUUGGCAUAGUGCUGCCGAUCCCUAUGAACACCACGGUGGACUUGUCACUUUUAUCCAAUCGCUCUGUGACCUCAAGCUUCGUAAACUCUCCAUCGAUCUGCAUCCAGUGUUGAUGCAACGAUUGUUCUCCGAUUCAACCAAGCUACCGAGAGUAGACAGCCUGAAUAUCGAAACCAAGUUUACCAAAGAAAGUGAAAUUCCAUGGAGUUUCUUGAACAACUUGGACAUAUUAAGAAACUUUUCAUGUGCUUUACCAUUGGCUAGUCAAGAGUUUCUCCAAUUCCUGAUAUCGAACAAAACCAUCGCUAAUCUGUACUCUGCUCUACCAACAACAGAUCUAGUCUAUAAGAGAAUCCACAAGCAGUCCUCCGUUACCGAUCUUACAUUGAAGCUGUUAACACAAAACAUGUUGAUUGCCAAUUGUAAUAAUAUAUUCCUCGAGAAGUUUGUCUUACCAAGCCAGUUGAAGAGUUUGACAUUGCUUCACGAACAAAACGAAUGCUCCACAGUAUUCUCAAAGAUAAUGACUGCUUUGGAAUCACAUGACGAGUUGACAUCGUUAAGUAUAGCAAAGACAAGCCAGCUUAUGGAUAUAAAAGAACUUGGAUUCAUGUUGGCACUAAACAGAUCGGUGAAGCAUCUAACAGUGACAAACAACUAUGGUGACACUCCUCUUGAAAUGGAGAAUAUCAUGCUCGGUCUCACAAAGAAUACGACCCUCCAAACUCUGACACUCUAUGUCAACCUAAACAAAGAGAUAUUCCAACGUCUAUUUGAAAUGCUCGAAAUCAAUUCGACCAUUCACAAGGUCAUAUGCAAUCGUAAAUCAAUAGCACAAAAGCAUAAAUUCACACCAAAACUGCAAUCUCUUUUUGAAAUCAAUUUGGAUUCUUCACUUUUAACAUUUGUAAGAAAAUAA